AUGGCGGUUCCUGCAUCCAGGAGCCAUCCUGUCCCGCCCUCAUGGAGCCUCUUCCAUAGUGGCAGCGAACCGGAGCCCGCAGUGCCAUUCGAUCCCGAGGACCUGCGCCGCCGUCUGAGGCAAGUCAAGCUGGACGAAGCAUUCAAAAAGGCCUACGCGACCAACAGCGACAGCCCCGCGUUGCAGAAGACGUCCACCAAGGCAACCUGGCAGAGCUUCUUCACCAGCCUCCGUUUCCACCGGGCCAACGAUGCCGAACACCAACGCAGUGGCGGGAGCACCCAGCCGGUGCACAGCGUGAAAGACUCCACCACCAGGCCGCCGCCAAUCGUUGCCAACGCUGCAGCAGGCCCUGAGAAGCAUGAGCUGCACGAUACAAGACGCAAGGACAGUCGUACAGACGCGUCAACUACGACCUCUACCCGUCCACUAGACGCCGCAGAUCGCAAUCGCAAUUCAACCAGCGAAGGACAGCACCCGCCACCAGUAACCUCGUCCUCAGGUCCAUCUCCACUCGGUCCCACGCCCGCCAACUCUUCCCGUCCCAUCGCUUCUUGGACUGCCCGUUCUUCACCCGCCAGCUCCGGCUCCUCUUUUUUUCUCCAAGUCCCCGUCCUCUCUUCUCACAGGACCAUGGCCUCCAUGGCCCCAUCCCGUGCGCCAAUGUCUCCGGACAACGUCGCCAAGGGCCGUCAAGCUGCCCACGACUUCGCACAGCAGCGCCGGAAAUCGCUUCAUGCUUCCGACCGUCUGGCCUCGCGCAACUCUGCCAUAUGGAGCCCAGCAUCCCCUCCUCCAGUUCACUACCCCUACGCCAACGGCCAAUCCAUGUUCCCUGAGCCCCCGUCUCUCUCAUCCGCCAGAAAGAAACCACGACCAGCCAGCACCGGCUUCGAACAGGUAUCCCGCCCUGCCAUCGUUGUCACCGCCGAUGAUGCUCCGCCACUACCACGCUUGAACCGCUUCUCGGUAAAAGGGAACCUCGACUGGGACCGGCAAAAUGAGAAUAUAGGUCCCAGGGCUGUGAACAACUCAAGAUUCGCCAAGGGGAGCAACAGCUACGAAGACCGUCUUACCGUCAACUCCCUUGAGCGCCCAUAUUACCAUGACAACAUGAGUGGCCAGGAGUCCAAACGCUCGAGUAUGGGUGGACAGUACCCUUCCCGCAUCGUGAGCGGAGAAUAUACCCUCCCUGGUCCUCCUUUUCCAACUUCAAGCAGCUCGAAAUUGCCUCCCAGCGCGAAGUCGAAUCGCAAUUCAGUGGCCCGUAGCUCGACUGUUCUUGCACUCCCAAGCAACAGUAAUCGCAAUUCCGUGCGCUACAGCCCUAACUCCGUCUCGCACCACCCACGCCUUGUCAAAAAAGAUAGUCUUGAGCAACACCGCUGGCGUGAAAAGACCACGCGGGAGAGUGCAGUUCUUGAAGCGCGAGCUAGGCGGGGAAAGGAGAAGGAAGGAGGAGGGAUCGGUAUGGGCUCCUCGCCAGUCCUUCCAUCAUUAAGUCCAUUUCCCCCACUGAGUAUGUCAGCUUCACCGGCCCAGGGCAUGGGCCCUCAAGGCCAGCUAAGUAACGAUGCUGUCGGGCGACGCGGGAGUGGGGGUGUGGGGGGCAUGAGAAGAAGGAGCGGUGGAAAUGCGCACAUAACCUCUCAACUAGAUAGGCGGACUAGCCACGGGAACAUCAACGGGAAUAUUCACAAUCCGCAACUCGACAGACGGAUGAGUAACAGCACCAUGAAGGAAUUGGACCGCAAAAUGAGCAACUCUACUCUUCAUGGGACUAAUUAUUCCACCUACCCUCCCUCCAGCACGAGCAAUGGACAGCGUUUGAGUUACAUCCAGCCGACGCCAGGAAUCAAGCGCGCCAGCACUGCUCCGCCCAAACGACUCAGUCUCACCAAUCAAGCAUCCAGUUCCUCCCUCCCGCAAACGUCCAGAGCAGAAAAGAGGGGCUCUAGAAUUAUAUCUCAGCAUGCUCCGCUACCACUACUGAUGAGCUCUCCAGAUGGAGCCACAUUUCCUUCAUCCCCACCUCGCUCCCAAAAUCGAAGUAGCAUAAAUGGGCGUGAUCAACCUCAACGUCUCCCCUACCCUUUCCCUCAACUUCCCCCUGAACCGGUCGAUUCAUCCAGCUCCCAAGAAGCCCGCAAUCGGGGCCGCCGUCGAAGUAGCUUCAAAGAUGACGAUGCCCGCAAACGCUCGAAAUCGAGAGCUUCCGUUCGUUCGACGAAAUCUGCAAAAUCUACCAAGUCCCAACAAUCUGUCAAAUCGACAAAGUCGACCCGUUCGCUGCGCUCCAUCUUCUCAACCGCCUCCACUACCUCAAACAGACUCCAGAAACGCCAGUCCGCUUCCUCUCGCGCGUCGCGACGUGGCAGCUCGGCUGUCUCGAAAGAACACCUAGCAGCACUCGCCGCGCUGACUGGCCCGGCACCGCCACCAGAUGGUCGAAUGACUCCGCAAAGUAUCGCCUUCCUGGAAAAGCAGAAGCGAACACUGGAAGAGCGCCAGCGGCGCGAGAGCGUGGCUAAAGACCGAGAGGAGCGGAUGGAGAGGCUCAAGAGGGGGCGAGAAAUGGAGAAGGUGCUUUCUGGUGACAUUAUCGGUGGUGCGCUGGGAGGAUAUAGAGAGGGACAUGAUAGCAGUGAUGAGCACUCCGAGUUCAUUCCUUCUACGGAACCAACUACAGAACCAUCUGCGGAACCAUCUCAGGCUGGCGGUGUUCGCAGUCCUACCCCGAGUUCUCUUUACAGCGCCCCCGGCAAGGGGAGACGGAGAUAUACGCUCGACGACCCAAUUGGAGACCUGGAUACUUCGAUCGAGGGCCUCACGCCUGAGAGUAUUCGCCUGCUACGGGAGAGAGAGAAAUUGGUGCGAUGGCGUGCGGAGCGUGAGAAGCAGCUGUUUGAGCAGAAGGAGCGGGAAAGAGAAGAGCGGGUGCGCGCUGCGAAUGAGAAAGAGGCGAUGAGGAUGGUCGAUUUAGAGAAAGAAGGAAAAGGCAAAGGGGAGAAGAAGAGGGGAUGUUUCGCGUGGUGGCCAUUCUCGUGAUUGAGAGUACAAGGUGAGCGGCGUUCUUGUGUGCGGAGAAAAGAUAAUACCCUUUCGUUUGUUUCUGUAUAUAUGCCUCUGCUUGGGAUCCAGUCUCUUUACAGUCUUAGAAUAGAACGGGAUAUAAGAAGGGAGGAAAAGAGGGUUUCUAGAUGGUUUAGGUAAUGGUAAUGGUAAUGAGCUCCUCCGUUAUUCCGACAUAGGGAAAAGCAUAUCACUGGCCGGACACUAAGUAUAUAAACGGUCUCUUUUCUUUCAAUCGCAGUCUUCUUGAUAUAUAUAUAUAUAAAUGAGUUCAGCGUG